AUGCUAGAGCUUCGUUGGUGUGAGGUGUACAUUGUCAGCCCGAUUUUGGCUACUUCCUCAGCAGACAAGGGGCUGGGCAGGCUGAGGAAGUGCACUGUUUUGCAGGAGGAGAUCCAAUGCCAGGAGAUACCUCUGCGAGGAAAGAUUAAAAGCUCCAAAAACAUCCAGGAUGGUGGCAUAGCUAUUGGCAGGAAUUCAGACUGGAUUCUGGCUUGCCUGCAGAAGAAGCACCGUCGAGCCUUCACCACUACUGAGGACAUGAAUGGAGUCUGUACUCUGCUCACCCCCGACUUGCGCAGCACAGUGUUCCUCAACCUCACCAAGAUGGUUGAGACCAAAUUAAACAGCAUUCCAAGUGAAAACAGCAGAGGCAAGAUUACUGACACCAGCAGCUCUGUCGGCACAGGCAGCACCAGCAGUGCUUGCGGUGAGCUCUUCAGCAGCGCGGGGAGCAACCACAUGUGCAAAGAACUGGGAGCAGAGGUUGCUGUCAUCCUGGGUGGAUCAGAGAACACCAAGCCAGAUGAUUUCCAAAAUGCCAAGACAUCUAUCCUCAAUAUGAUGAAGUCAAUGUGGCAGAAAUGCUCGAAGAUCAGGUUUGCUGUGGUGCAGCAUGGAGCACAGAUCCAAACAGAACUGAGUCUGCAAGAAAGCUGCGACAGACUAUCUGCUUUCUUCAAAGUCCUAAACAUCAAGCAGCAGAGCUCACAGACUGACAUUGCAGGAACACUACAGCACGUGUUGGAUAAAGUCUUUGAUACAAGCCGUGGCUCCAGCCAGACUGAUGACAAGAUAAUCAUUGUCAUGGCAUCUGGGCAAGUGUUUUUGGAAAACCAAAGAUUGAGAAGCGUGAUGAACUCUCUGGAAAUGGCUAUGGUCAAACUCUAUGCUCCUAGGAUUGGAGAGUUCAUUAGCAACCAGUGGGUCCCAGAAGAGUUGCAGAAAGUUGGAAGUGACUGGUUUGUGCUGUCCACAUAUGAAGAUUUUGACAGUUUCCUUUCAGAGUUGGAGAGAGAGACUCUGAGUGAUGCAGCUGCAAAUAUUCCAACUGAAGCACCAGAGCACAGAAACGCUGAUGACAGCGGUGACAGCAAGCUCCCUUCCUGGGUGGAGGAGGACAAAGAGGAGGAGGAGGAAAAUGACUUGCCUUCUGGGAGAGAGAUUGCUUUUAUUCUGGAUGGAUCGGGGAGCAUUGAGCCAGAGGAUUUUGAAAGAGCAAAAGCAUUCAUCCACAAGAUGAUGAAAACACUGUAUGAGAAGUGCUUUGAGUGCAAUUUUGCAGUGGUACAGUACGGAUUUGAAAUCAGAACUGAGUUCGACCUGCGAGAAAACUGGGAUCCUCGUGCCACCCUCCAGAAAGUACUUGAUAUCGUGCAGGUUUGCAACGUGACAAAAACAGCAUCUGCCAUGCAGCAUGUGCUGGAUUCUGUCUUCACUGAAAGUCACGGGUCCCGCAAGGAUGCAGCCAAGGUCAUGAUUGUGCUCACAGAUGGGGAAAUACUCCUGGAUGAAAUGAACUUGACAACAGUGAUAAAUUCACCCAAAAUGGCAGGAAUUGAGCGUUAUGCCAUUGGGGUGGGAGAUGCCUUCAAAAAACCAAAGGCCCUAAAUGAAUUGCGGCUAAUUGCUUCUGGUCCAGAUGACACUAAUGUAUUUCAGGUGACCAAUUAUUCAGCAUUAGAUGGGCUGCUUUCAACCCUGCAGCAAAGUAUUAUUGGUAUAGAAGGUACACAGGGUGAUGCUCUGGAAUAUGAGCUUGCACAAGCUGGUUUCAGUGUGCAGAUCCUGGAUAAGCAAGUCUUAAUGUUUGGUGCGGUGGGGGCCUUUGACUGGUCUGGUGGAAUUCUGCUGUAUGAUCUGGCAACCAAGACGGCUGUUUUUCUGAAUGAAUCUAAAGAAGCAGCUGAAAAAGCAAAAUACAGCUACCUAGCGUACAGUGUGGCAGUGGUACGCACAGAAUAUGGACCCUUGUACGUGGCUGGAGCUCCACGGCACAGCAUGAGAGGGAAGGUGUUGGUGUUUCAGGACGGCCGCUUAAAACAAACCCUGCAAGGAGAACAGGUUGGAUCUUAUUUUGGAUCUGAGCUCUGCCCACUUGAUGUGAACCAUGAUGGGGUGACAGAUCUUCUCCUUGUUGGAGCUCCGUUUUAUCACAUUCAGGGGGAAGAAGGAAGAGUUUACGUAUAUCGCCUGGAGACAGAGAAUGGUUCAUUCACCUUGGAAGGACACUUAAACGCGCAGGUGACCUCUCCUGUUGCGAGGUUUGGGUUUACUGUGGCUAGCAUUGGAGACGUCAAUGGGGAUGGAUAUGAGGAUAUUGCAGUUGGAGCCCCCCUUGAAGAUCAGCUUUCCAUCAGUUCCUCGUUUGGCAGCAUUUACAUCUUCAAUGGUGAUAAAGACAAGAUCAAGAGCUCUUUUUCUCAAAGAGUAAAGGCCUCUGAAAUUUCUUCAGGACUGCAGUAUUUCGGUCAAUCCAUUGAUGGUGGCUUUGAUUUCACUAAUGAUGGUCUCCAAGAUAUUACAGUGGGAUCACUGGAGAACGUGAUUGUGCUCCGCUCAAGACCAGUUGUCCACUUUCUCGCCAGCAUGAGAUUCAACCCUGAGAGAAUCCUAAUUUUCCAAAAUAACAGCAUUGUCACAGCAAAACUAUGUUUCGAUACAAUCUCAGCUUUACCAGUGUCUCAACAAGUGUUUUCACAGUUAUACAUUCUCUACACGGUGGACGUAGAUGUGAAAAUGGCAAAGAAGAGAGUACAGUUUGAAGAUCAGAACACUACAGCAAGUGGAAAGCUGCUGGUCAGUGAGGGCAUGUGCUGUGAGCUGCAGCUUUACACACUGCCGUGUGACUUUGACUGUUUUUCCAGCAUUUUUCUGAGAGUUAAACACGAGCUUUAUAAGGAAAAUGAUAACACGGAGUUUGCUGUUCCUGUGCUGGAUAGAUACCAGCCAUCAGAAAUACAUUUUCAGUUGCCUUACAAGAAGGACUGCAACAAGACCAUCUGUACUGCUCGUUUAACUUUGACAAGUCAGAUUCAAAAGGAAUUAGUGGUGGGCCACACUAAAAAAGUGACCAUGAAUGUUUCACUAACAAACAGUGGAGAUGACUCGUACAUGACAACCAUGGUCUUGAACUAUCCCAAAAACCUACAUUUUAAGAAGGUGACUGUUGAGCCAUCCUCUCCUGCUAUUCACUGUGGCGAGCCAAUACCAUUAACUUCUCUGGUCUUAGCCUGUAACUGCAGAAUUGGGCAUCCAGUAUUCAAGAAGACAACUGCAAAAUUUUCAGUGAUUUGGCAAUUAGGUGAAAGCAUAUUCCAAAAUAAGUCUGCAAUCACCAUUAAUAUCACCAACAUGAAUGAAAAUAGCACCAUUCUGGCUGAAGAACACAUCCUUGAUGUCAGAUAUGCAUUCACUGCCAUCCUUUCCAAACCAGUUUCUUUAAUGUAUGUGAAUGUUAGCGAAGGACUUCUUGAAAACAAAGAAUUCAAAUUUAAUAUAAAUGGAGAAAAUCCCUUUAAUGCUACUAUCAAGUUACAGAUUUGGGUUCCUGUCAGUAUACAAGGUCACAACAUAAUAACGAUCAAAAAUGCAUCUGGAAUACAGGGCGUUGCGGACGUGCGGUAUCAGCGCGUGCACUGCUCUGUCCGCACCGACCGAGACAGCAUCACCGUGACGGCAGAGCUGUCUUUGAGCAACCCGCACCAGUUCUUAAAAAGCAGAACUGAACUGCUGGUCCCUGGAAAAAUCACCUUUGACAGAGAACUGUACGUGGGGCUGAAAGAAGAGCAUCACAGCACUGAGAUUACUCUUGUCUUCCUGAAAGACGAAGUGUUUGACCUCUUGCCUGUUAUCAUAGGAAGCUGUGUUGGUGGACUUCUUCUGCUGGUGUUCAUUACUCUGCUCCUCUGGAAAUGUGGCUUUUUCAAAAGAAACUAUAAAACUAUGAUGAAGCAACAAGAUACCUCCUGA